GGACUGAAGCAAACCACACAUAUGAUUCUGUACAAAAAUACUCGCUGUUAAACGCACUUAAAAUGAUUGAAAUGAUACCCAACAAGUUAACACCCAAAUUGACCCACUGAGUGCCGUAGUUCUGCCAAAAGCACGGCUUAUAUAUGAUUUGGCAGCUCUUACGCAGAUGACUCGAUACUCUGCAAUAAUAUUGCAUAUGCAAAAAAAUAUGCAUUUGUCCUUUUGGACUGUUCUAUUACUGCUGCUCUUUGAAGAGUACAAUUGAAUCGACCCUAUGAAAUCAUUUUGCUAAAGAAAACAGAGCAGAUCUGACAAUAGAGAGGAAGAAGUAUUUCAGCACGGACAGCUCCUAGGGAAAAAAAAACUGGCUUUAUAGAUUCUGGGCACAAUAUGGUCUUCAACCCACACGCCAGCACCACGGGUUCCAAGGAUGUCUUAUUUUAGCACGCCUGUCUUGGGAAUUGUGCUCUGUUGAUCUUAAAGCAGGUAGACUGGAUUUGACGUCAGAAAGUCGCUUUCGUAGUUUUGACGUGCUUUACUCAUUUCCAUCCAACCUCUUGGGAUUUGAUUAGUUUUUUAUUCUUGUAGACUUGCACUGUUCUAUGGUUCAGUCAGCAUCCUCCACCUUCACCCAGCUUCGUUUCUUUAUCCAGGGUGUUGCCUUAGCAAAAGUCUUUUAAUUUUUGUUGUAAGUUGACUGCAGGCUUUGUGGUACAAAUAUCUAUAAUGGGUGUGAAAUGUGUUGCUUUUGUUGUGUGUAGCGUGCUCUAUGCUCUGGGCAUCGUCGUUUCCGAUAAACAAUACGUUAAUGAAUGGGCAGUAGAGAUCCCAGGGGGACCAGAAGCUGCAAAAUCGCUAGCAAAUGAAUUUGGAUACGAUUUCCUCGGACAGAUUGGGUCACUUGAAAAUCAUUACCUUUUGAGACAUAAGAGCCAUCCCAGAAGGACACGAAGAAGUUUAGACCAUAUAACUAAACGAUUAGCUGAUGAUGAGAGGGUAUUAUGGGCCGAACAACAGUAUGAAAAAAAAAGAAGUCGACGCUCUCCUGUAAGAGACUGUAUUGACUGCACAGCUGAAGGCAUGUUUAACGAUCCCAUGUGGAGUCAGCAAUGGUACCUGCAAGACACACGGACCUCCCCUUCUUUGCCCAAGUUAGACCUCCAUGUUAUUCCAGUGUGGAAAAAGGGAAUAACAGGCAAAGGCAUAGUGAUCACAGUAUUGGAUGAUGGCCUUGAAUGGAAUCACACAGAUAUCUACGCUAACUAUGAUCCUGAUGCCAGCUAUGAUUUUAAUGAUAAUGAUCGUGAUCCAUUUCCCAGAUAUGAUCCAACCAAUGAAAACAAGCAUGGUACAAGAUGUGCUGGUGAAAUUGCAAUGCAAGCCAAUAAUGGAAAGUGCGGUGUUGGAGUAGCAUAUAAUGCUAAAGUUGGAGGAAUCAGGAUGUUAGAUGGAAUAGUGACAGAUGCCAUUGAAGCCAGUUCAAUUGGAUUCAGUCCUGAGCAUGUGGAUAUUUACAGUGCAAGCUGGGGUCCAAAUGAUGAUGGAAAAACUGUGGAGGGGCCUGGCAGACUGGCCCAGAAGGCAUUUGAAUAUGGUAUACAAAAGGGUCGGCGAGGAAAAGGAUCGAUUUUUGUAUGGGCAUCAGGGAAUGGUGGUCGACAGGAUGACAACUGUGACUGUGAUGGUUACACUGACAGCAUUUACACAAUCUCCAUCAGCAGUGCCUCCCAGCAGGGCUUGUCUCCUUGGUAUGCAGAGAAAUGCUCAUCAACACUGGCCACAGCAUACAGCAGCGGUGACUACACAGACCAGAGAAUAUCCAGUGCUGACCUUCACAAUGACUGCACCGAGACACAUACAGGUACAUCAGCAUCUGCUCCUUUAGCAGCAGGAAUCUUUGCACUUGCCUUGGAAGCCAACCCUGAUCUCACCUGGAGAGAGUUACAGCAUUUGGUAGUGUGGACAUCAGAAUAUGAUCCUUUAGCCAACAAUCCAGGCUGGAAGAAGAAUGGUGCAGGUCUGAUGGUAAACAGUAGAUUUGGAUUUGGCUUGUUGAAUGCCAAGGCAUUAGUAGAUUUAGCAAGCCCUACAACUUGGAAGGGGAUACCUGACAAGAAAGAGUGCAUUGUGAAAGAUGACAGCUUUGAGUCAAGGUUGCUGAAGGCAGGAGGAGAAGUUAUUAUUGAAAUACCAACAAAAGCCUGUGAAGGUCAGGAUAAUACAAUUAAAUCCUUGGAACACUUACAGUUAGAGGCAACUAUAGAAUAUACUCGCAGAGGAGAUCUUCACAUUACCCUAACAUCUCCAUCAGGGACAAGCACUGUACUCUUGGCAGAAAGGGAAAGGGAUUCCUCUCCUAAUGGUUUCAAGAAUUGGGCCUUUAUGUCAGUGCACACAUGGGGUGAAGAGCCAGUAGGCACAUGGCUUUUACGAAUAACUGAUGUGUCUGGAAGACCAGAGAAUGAAGGACAGAUUGUUAACUGGAAACUGGUUCUACAUGGAACCUCAGUAAAGCCAGAGCACAUGAAGAAACCAAAAGUUUACACCCCUUAUAAUGCUGUUCAGAAUGACAGAAGAGGAGUGGAAAAGAUUUCCAACAUUUCAGAGGAGAAUGACAUGGAUAGCAGUAUUCCAAGGACACUAAAGACUACAGAAAGUACAAUUACAGAUGACAAGACAAAUGACAAAAUACAGCUUGCAGCAAUGAUGCACCUCCUGCAAAACGCUUUCAACAAAGAAGCAAGUCACAAUGGACAGAAUAAAGUCACUCCUAAUGAAGACUUAAACAUUCCUUAUGAAAGCUUCUAUCAAGCUCUGGACAAGUUAAACAAACAUUCACAUUCUGCUAACCAGGAGGAUAACAUGUAUAGUGAUUACAGUGAUCUGUUUUAUAACUCCAAGCCGUACAAACAUCGAGAUGAUAGACUACUGCAAGCUCUUAUCAAUAUCCUCAGUAAUAGAAAUUAAAUACUGCAGAAAG